GGCGAAGGGAAACCGCGUCCAAAGCACAAAAACCUCUGCGGUUUAUGAAAAUUUACAACUUUCCCGUGGAAGUUUACGACUCGUCCGGCUCUGGGAUUGGUUCGUGGCGGUCAUGUGGCCAGCAGGAAUGGGAACUUAUUCCCCAUGAGGUUAUAAUGCAGCGGCUUGUAUUUCCACCGCUCAUUCACCUAUAACAGUUUGUUUCAUGAAACCUCAUUUUUGUUUUUGUUUUGUUUUUUUCCCCCGCGAGUCUUUCGUGGUCUGAAACACGCGUGUGGGGUAACGCGCGGACACUGCUUCCCUGCGUGAUUUUUUUGGGGGGGGGAGUGAUGGCGCCUCUUGCGCGAUUCGCCGUGCGAGCCUGUGCGCCAUGUUCGUCUGCGCCUCUCUGGCUUUUGGAAAUGAAGGAUCAGAACACUCUUGGAUAGAGGGAUUACUUUUAAGAUGUCACUUAGGCAAAGUGGGGAUUUUUUUUUUGUGUGUGUGCGUGUGUGUGUGCGUCUGUGUGCGUGGAAGCAAGAGGGGCUUCUGCGGAGUGGCAGCCACGCUGGAGAUGAUGGAUUAUCAACAAAGGACUCUCUCCUGGGUCAGAUACCGCUCUACUCCUCGGGAUACACGGACCCGCUGAGGCACUACUCCAACGCGGCCACGUAUGGAGCGGCCAACAUGCAGGAGAAGGUCUACCCGGCUUCCUACUACCAGCAGUCGGGCGCGGCGGCGGCGGCGGCCAUCUACGGCCGCGCAGCCGCCGGCGGCGGGGCGCCCUGCGACUACAACCCCGUGGGCACCUUCUACAAGGACUCGGAGGGCUCGUGCGCCUUCUCGAGCGGCCGCGAGGAGCAGCCGCUGUUCGUCGCUCAGGAGCACCAGCAGCGCAAAGCGGAGUGCGCGGAGCAAGCUGUCAGCAUGAGCGGCAGCAUCGACGACAAGUCCUCCACUCUCAUCUACCCCUGGAUGCAGAGGAUGAACGCCUGCUCCGCCGGCCCAUUUGGCAGCAGCGGCCGCAGGGGCCGGCAGACCUACACCCGCUACCAGACCCUGGAGCUGGAGAAGGAGUUCCACUUCAACCGCUACCUGACCCGGAGGCGCCGGAUAGAGAUCUCCCACGCCCUGUGCCUGACGGAGAGACAGAUCAAAAUCUGGUUCCAGAACCGCAGGAUGAAGUGGAAAAAGGAGAACAAACUCCUGAAUCCCUCAAAGACAGCCGAGGAGGAGGAGCAGGAGCAGGCGGAGAAGAAGAGCUAGACUACAAAAGGGACUCUGAGACACACAAGAAAAAAAAAAGAAAAAAGAAAAAGAAAAGAAGAAAAGCUUGAGCGUGCGUGCGUGUGUGCGUGCGUGCGUGUGUGCGCGUGUGUAUACACAUAAAAUGAUGUAUAAAUUCUUUGUAGAUAUAAGAAGUGCUGCAGAACCCCCCCACGUUAGAGACGCGUAGAGUGACUAUGUGCACGGUGACUCUGUCCGCAUUGAUCAGGUCCUCCUCUGUUUGUUUGUUCGUCCUUGUGCUUGUGUCUUUUAUUUUAGAGGACUAUGCAACCACAGCCCGCCAAACUGUAAAUAAAUUCCUGUGUUUAUAGUUCUCCGUGUCGUUACCUCAUCGCCCCCUUUUAGGCCCUCCGGGUUCUACCUUUAUUUAAUCCCCCCCCCCACCCUCACGCCAUGAGAGCAGGUUCUUGUCCCUCGUUGUGUAGUUGCUCUGAUGUGACCCUGUGACAAAGUGUUGUUUACCCGAUGCGUUCGGUUUGUACAAAUGUUAUUUAUUGUUGUUUCACGUGUUCGAGGCACAUCUGGAUAUUGUGUGCAAUAUUUUCUUUAGGGGAAAUUGUACAUAUAAGAAAAUAAAGGCUUUUUGAUGUAAA